AUGGCCCAAUACUACCCACAACAGCAGCCCUACGGAUCCGAGGCUUCUGCACAGAACCUUCAGUUUUAUCCUUCUUCCUACGGUUCUGUAUCUGGCCAUACAACUCCCUCUCAAGCUUCCUAUGGUGGCUUUAGUGCAGGCCCCAAUUCGGCUGCUCAGGCGUACCCCGUUGGUGGUGGAUAUGGCGGCUUUGGGUCUCCAGCCACUGGCGUUAGUGGGCGGAUGGGCGAACAGGGUGGAUUGAGGACUGGGUGGCUUGCUGCAUUUGGUACAGAGGGAUAUGAGGGGGAACCGCCGUUAUUGGAGGAGUUAGGGACUUUGACAGUGCUCAACCCAUUCGCCCGGAUCGACCAGCAUCUCAUGGAUGACAGCGAUCUCUAUGGAGCACUGCUUUACAUCGUCCUUUAUGGAACAUUCCUCCUCCUUUCUGGUAAAGUCUUUUACGGUUAUAUCUACGGUGUUGCAGUUUUCGGUACCGUCGCUUUACAUUUAAUUCUUAGUCUUAUGUCUCCGGCUCUCGAUACCGCCCCGGCGCCCAAUGCUGCAGACCCGGCCAACUACGACCCUCAUCACAAACCUUCGUAUUCCGAGGCCUCGGCCGCCGGUCAUUUCUCGGCCACAUUGACAUUCCCUCGCUCUGCUAGUGUUUUGGGCUACUGUUUCCUACCGCUUGUGCUCACUAACCUUGUUGGGAUAAUGAUCCCUAUGGACACUAUGUUCGGGUAUCUGUUGACCACAGCCGCCGUAGGGUGGUGUACUUACAGCUCCUCGGGAAUGUUUUGCGCGGUUGCACGGAUGCGUGGGAUGAGAGGCUUAGUAGCGUACCCAUUGGCGCUGUUUUACGUCGUCUUCGGGAUCAUGGGAAUUUUCUCUUCACGCGGAAGUGGAAAUCUGGCUGCAAAGACGGGUGCAACUUGA